UGUGGCGGAGGGGGAACCAGCCGCACCGACCGAGCCGUCGGGUUGGGGCAGCCGCGGGCGAGUGGAUCGAGCAACUCCCAACGAGACGCAGGCGGACGGGCGGGUGCUGGGAACCGAGGGACAGGUCAUUCCCGCGGGUCUGUGAAGAAGGUCGGCGGCCCCAGCGGGUGCCAGUCAGCUUUAAAAAAAAGUAGAAAUCACUCCUGACUAUACUGCAUAGCAAAAAUUAAGUGACUUCCUAUACUGCAAAUCAUGGCACUACCAUUCCGGAAGGACUUAGAAAAGUACAAGGACCUAGAUGAAGAUGAGCUCCUUGGGAAUCUAUCAGAAACAGAACUGAAACAACUGGAAACUGUUCUGGAUGACCUUGACCCUGAGAAUGCCCUUCUGCCUGCAGGGUUCCGGCAGAAGAACCAGACGUCAAAGUCCGCCACAGGGCCAUUUGAUAGAGAGCACCUCCUUUCAUACCUGGAGAAGGAGGCACUGGAGCAUAAGGACAGGGAAGACUAUGUGCCCUACACUGGAGAAAAGAAAGGGAAAAUAUUUAUCCCUAAACAGAAGCCUAUGCAGACUUUCACAGAAGAAAAAGUAUCUCUUGAUCCAGAAUUAGAAGAAGCUUUGACAAGUGCUUCUGAUACAGAAUUGUGUGACCUUGCAGCUAUUCUUGGGAUGCACAACUUGAUAACGAAUGUCCAGUUAUGUGAUAUAGUGGGAAGUAGUAAUGGUGUCGACCAAGAACAUUUUUCAAAUGUGGUAAAAGGUGAAAAGAUUCUUCCAGUAUUUGAUGAGCCACCAAAUCCAACCAAUGUUGAAGAGAGUUUAAAGAGAAUUAAAGAAAAUGAUGUUUGUCUUGUUGAAGUUAAUUUGAAUAAUAUAAAGAAUAUCCCAGUUCCAACCCUAAAAGAUUUUGCAAAAGCUUUGGAAACCAACACACACGUGAAAUAUUUCAGUCUUGUGGCCACACGGAGCAAUGACCCUGUCGCUGUUGCUUUUGCAGAUAUGCUGAAAGUGAACAAAACUUUGAAGAGCUUAAAUAUGGAGUCCAACUUUAUUACAGGAGCUGGGAUUCUAGCACUGAUUGAUGCUCUGAGAGAUAAUGAAAGCCUGGCAGAGCUCAAGAUUGACAAUCAGAGGCAGCAGUUGGGGACAGCUGUAGAAUUGGAAAUGGCCAAGAUGCUUGAGGAAAAUACGAACAUCCUUAAAUUUGGAUAUCAGUUUACACAGCAGGGACCCCGUACCAGGGCGGCUAACGCUAUAACAAAAAACAAUGACUUAGUUCGCAAAAGACGAGUUGAAGGAGACCACCAGCCGCUUGCUCUGGAGAAGCCAGUUGCCAAGAUGCAAAGACACUCAAACUGCUCUGGAGAGGCUCAUGUGGCAACUAACUGAGGCCUCCUCCCAAGAGCACAUGAGCGAGCCAUCUUGGAAACAGAUCCUUCAGACCCAGGCAAGCCUGUAGAUAAUGCAUUCCUAGCCAACCUCUUGACUGCAGCCUCAUCAAAAGACCCUGCGCCACAACUACCCUGCUAAGCCAAUCGUGACCCUCAGAAAUUGUGAAAUAUUAAAUGUUAGUUGUUCUCAUCUGGA